AUGUUUCAUCAACCAAGUUCUUGGGAGCUUUCUCUUGAUCGAGCAAAACAACGAUUCCGUAAUCAUCAACAAUACGUUUACGCAAAAACUACUAGCAGCAGCUCACCCAAUAAGCUAUCAAACUCGAUGGCAAAAAGCUCUAAAGUCACGACCACAGUCACGUCUGACUACAAGUGGCAUGACCGCUGUAUGUAUUGUGCCCGAGUUGAUACUCUGCAUGACUGACUUUGAGCAGGUGUGAACGAGACACCCUUCAACUCAUGGCUCGAGUCUGUUACUAGGGUCUUUAGAAGCGAAGGAAACACCUACCAGGAACAUCCUUUGAGACUCGCACCAAGUCAGGGUAUGCAAAUAGCAGACAAAAGACAACAUGCUGCAAAUCUCUCGUCCAUAUUCAGCGCCACGGCCGAUACUAGGGAUGCUGCCGCUGCAACUUCGCGUGACGGUGUUAAUGCGGAACUUCAAAAUAUUAUUGCCCAGCACCUCGGAAUCAAUGUUGAAGUGUCUAAUUACCAUGGACCUCCUGCAUCCGCGGGAACCCAUACCCGAAACUUGUCGACAUCUUCAAGCCCAAGUUUAUCAUCCUCGUUUGCAUCAACUGCAUUCACAGAAAUUACCACAUCGACGUUCGAUCAUAACUACUUUGUUACCCCGAGCUGUAAUGAAGCUAUCUCGCCUACUCAAUCUAAAAACAUGCCAAACCAUCUUCGCGAAGAGAAACAACCCGCAAUGGCUUCGCGAGGCAAUUCGCAAUUAGACGGGUAUAGGGGAGACAAGGAAGUAAACAACAUUACACGUGAAUUUGUGCCAUCUGCGAUCCUUAAAGGUGGUCGCCGUCUGCCCACUUCUGAUAUUAUUCGAAAAGCUGAGGAGGUCGGUAUUGUUUUUAAUCCCAAGUACAAAGGCGAGCUCACUAACUUCAACCUUCGCAAUGCAAUGUGUCUCGACCAUGAGAACUGUUCCGUGAGAAUUCACAAGAUCCCUCCGGAAGCUAGUCAUUGCGAGAUAUUCGCCUUGAUCACCCAUGGCAAGGUAUUCUCAUUCAACUACAUCCGUCCAGUCGAAAACCUUUUCACUCAUGCUGCUGCCGAUCUUGUCUUCCUUACGAGGGAGGCGGCAGAAAAGUUCCUCCACGACGCCAAGUUCGGCCAUGGACUCUAUAUCCGCGGCCAAAGAAUCACGGUGAUGUGGAACAAGAUUAAAGUAUUGCCUGCGGAAGGUCGAUAUGGGAAAAUGUCAAGGGUUGUUAGAAUCAAAGGUCCGGCCGAAAAUAUUUCCGUGAAAAUCCUCGAAGAAUUCUUCCGAAGUAAAUUUGAAUUCGAUCUCAUCACAGGCAAGGAAUGGUUUCAGUGGGAUGGUAGCAAGAUUGUUGAAUUGGCAUUCUCGUCCAUUCGUAGUCAAAGUGAGUCGGCUGUAAAAAGCUUCAACAUUUACAUCAGCCAGAAUAUGCCGGAUGCUGGAUAUCGUAUCUGGUAUGCUCUUGAUCCAUGCUCAAAACCCAAUCAUAGAGGCGGGUUCUGA